GGGCAAUUAUUUUUGAUUGACAUUUUAUAAAUCAUCAGUAAUUCCUACUUAUCGAUCCGACGGCAGAGCAAGCGGCCCAGCUCCCGCUCUACACACAAGCCCGAGAGAUAGAGAAAGUGAGAGAGGGGGGCGGCAUCAGGGGUGCGGCGGCGGAGGCGGUGGAGAAGGAGGCUCAGCCCCUCCAUACGCACUAGCCCUAGCUGCAGGUUGCAACAACGUGAUUGUGGUAUUGAAAUAAUUUCUGAUGGAGAUUAAUUUGGGAAAACUUCCAUUCGACAUCGAUUUCCAUCCUUCGGACGCCCUUGUCACUGCUGGCCUCAUCAAUGGCAACCUUCUCCUUGGCUUGUUUUGUUUCCUGUAGAUACCGGUACAGUGUUGAUUCCUCGCCUCAAAGGUUGUUGGAAAUUCAUGCACACAGUGAGUCUUGUAGAGCUGUUCGAUUCAUUAAUGAAGGACGUGCCAUUGUUACGGGUUCUCCGGAUUGCUCUAUCCUCGCUACAGAUGUGGAAACAGGGUCUGCAAUUGCACGUCUUGAAAAUGCUCAUGGGGCUGCUGUCAAUCGACUUAUUACUUUUACAGAGUCAACAAUUGCCUCAGGAGAUGACGAGGGUUGUAUUAAGGUAUGGGAUACCAGGCAGCGUUCCUGCUCCAGUUCAUUUGAUGCCCAUGAAGAGUACAUUUCGGAUAUGACUUUUGCAUCUGAUUUCAAGAAAUUAUUGGGAACAAGUGGAGAUGGCACUUUAUCUGUCUGUGACCUGCGAAGAAAUAAGGUCCAAAGCAUGUCCGAGUUUUCUGAAGAUGAACUGCUUUCAGUUGUCAUUAUGAAGAAUGGUAGAAAAGUUAUCUGUGGAACACAAUCGGGAACUCUAUUAUUGUAUUCAUGGGGUUGUUUCAAGGACUGCAGUGAUCGUUUUGUUAAUCUCUGUCCAAACUCUGUUGAUGCUUUACUAAAGCUUGACGAAGAUAAUGUCAUCACGGGUGCAGAGAAUGGACUCAUUAGCUUGGUGGGCAUAUUACCAAACCGAAUUGUCCAACCAAUAGCAGAGCAUUCGGAAUAUCCUGUUGAGCGCCUUGCUUUUUCACACGAUAAAAAAUUUCUUGGCAGUAUAUCACAUGAUCAGAUGUUGAAGCUCUGGGAUUUGGAUGAUAUACUGCAAAGUUCGGGAAAUACUCUACAUAGUCAUUUGGCUAUGCCAGACAGUGACAGUGAGGAGAUGGAUGUGGAUACCAGUGUUCCAAAAUCUUGCAUAGGGACCAAGAGGAAAAAUGCGAGUAAAGGGAAGAAUGUUAGUUCUUCAAAGAAUUUUUUUGCAGAUUUGUAGUUCAAGUGGUGGCAUUCUUGUUUUGCAGAUUGAACUAGUCUUGGGGCAUUUGUGUUGAGAUGUCUGCCAUAGUUUUGACUUGUUUGGAGGCAUAUUUCACGGCUUCUAUUUGAACAAUGGCUUACCUCACUUACCUAACAUGUUCGCCAAAAAUAUAGUAGGUAGUCCUGCUAGGUGUUCUUGUGUUUCGUAGGAGGGAAAGAGGAAAGAAAGAAGUGGGCUAUUUUUUUUUCUUUCUAGGGCUGGGAAUGAAAUAAUUUAUGAUAAUUUAUAAUCUAAAUUGAGAAUAAUGAAAGGUAAUUUUUGCUAUAAA